CAUCGCCAGCGGCCCUGGUCUGAGUUUACCCACGGCCAGGCCGAGGCCCCGGGGACCGUGAGUUACACGGAGGCCGAUCUGGGUCCGCGAGGAACGUUCCGGCCGAAGUGCACUUCUCCUGCAAGCCCCGACCCAGCUUCUCGGGGGCAGGAGACAUCGGUAAAGUGGAAGAGGAGAUUCGGGAGCAGAGGCCGCGCCUGAGAGAUCAGACCCGGACGCGGUCCGCUUACCCGAGCCGUGGGGCAGAGCCGAGCGACCCCCGAAAGGGUCUGCCUUCACUCUUAAUGUCCUCCACGCUUCCCCAAGAGCAGCAGAAAAUGGAUAAGGCCCUGGGGUCAGUGUCGUUCAAGGAUGUGGCCGUGGACUUCACCCAGGAGGAGUGGCAGCGACUGGACACUGCUCAGAAGACAAUAUACAAGGAUGUAAUGCUGGAGAACUACAGCCAUCUAAUUUCGCUGGGGCAUCCCAUUAUCAAACCGGAUGUUAUCACCAAGUUGGAGCAAGGAGAAGAGCCAUGGAUAGUAGAAGGAGAAUUCCUACUUCAGAGUUAUCCAGAAGAAGCCCAGAAAGUUGAUGACCUGAUAGAGAGAGUCCAGGAAAAUGAAGAUGAACUUUCAGGGCAAUCGGUAUUCAUCAACAAGACUCUGAUGGAAGAGAGAGGUAAUAUUCUUGAUAAAACUUUGAAUGUGGAAUCAAGCCCUGAUCUUUCAAGAAAAAUCUCCUAUAAAUGUGACUCAUGUGAGAAGAAUUUAAAGUCUAUUUCAGGGUAUAUUACCAGUGAUGGAAGCUAUGCAAGAAUGAACCCUGAUGAAUGUAGUGGAUGUGGGAAGUCACUUCUCCAUAUUAAGCUUGAGAAAACUCAUCCUGGAGAUCAGUCGUAUGAAUUUACUGAAACUGGGGAAACUGAUACUCUAAAUGAUGGAAGUAUUUAUCAGAAAAUCCAUAUUUUGGAGAAACCCUUUGAUUAUAUUGAAUGCCAGAAAGCCUUCCAAACGGAGACAGUUUUUGUUAAUCAUAUGGAGGAGAAACCCUGUAAGUGGAAUGAAUCUGAAAUAGCCUUCCUGCAAAUGUCAAACCUUGGUGUACAUCAGAGAUCUCAUAUGGAAAUGAAGCCCUAUGAAUGCAGCGAAUGUGGGAAAUCCUUCUGUAAAAAGUCAAAAUUUAUUAUACAUCAGAGGACUCACACGGGAGAGAAACCUUUUGUAUGUAAUCAAUGUGGGAAAUCCUUUUGUCAGAAGGGAACUCUCACUGUACAUCUGAGAACACAUACAGGGGAGAAGCCCUAUGAAUGUAGUGUAUGUGGGAAAACAUUCUACCAGAAGUUACACCUCAUUCAACAUGAGAGAACUCAUUCAGGAGAGAAGCCCUAUGAAUGUAACUAUUGUGGAAAAUCCUUUUGCCAGAAGACCCAUCUCACACAACACCAGAGAACACAUUCAGGAGAGAGACCUUAUGUUUGUCAUUACUGUGCAAAAACCUUCUCCCAGAAGUCAGCACUUAAUGACCACCAUAAAAUUCAUACAGGUGUGAAGCUCUAUAAGUGUAAUGAAUGUGGGAAAUGCUUCUGCCGCAAGUCUACACUUACAACACAUCAGAGGACACACACAGGCGAGAAACCCUAUGAAUGUAACGAAUGUGGAAAGUUUUUCUCUCGGUUAUCAUAUCUCACUGUACAUUAUAGAACUCAUUCAGGAGAGAAACCCUAUGAAUGUAAUGAGUGUGGGAAAACCUUCUAUCUGAACUCAGCGCUCAUGAGACAUCAGAGAGUACAUACAGGAGAGAAACCCUAUGAAUGUAAUGAAUGUGGAAAAUUAUUCUCCCAGCUGUCAUACCUCAAUGUACAUCAUAGAACUCAUUCAGGAGUGAAACCCUAUGAAUGUAAUGAAUGUGGAAAGUCCUUCUACCAGAAUUCAGCCCUCUGUAGACAUCAAAGAAUACAUAAAGGAGAGAAGCCCUAUGAAUGUUACAUAUGUGGAAAGUUCUUCUCUCAGAUGUCGUACCUCACCAUACAUCAUAGAAUUCAUUCAGGAGAGAAACCUUAUGAAUGUAGUGAAUGUGGGAAAACCUUCUGCCAGAAUUCAGCCCUUAAUAGACAUCAGAGAACACACACAGGAGAGAAAUCCUAUGAAUGUUAUGAAUGCGGAAAAUUUUUUUCUCAGAUGUCAUAUCUAACUAUACAUCAUCGAAUUCAUUCAGGAGAGAAACCCUUUGAAUGUAAUGAAUGUGGAAAAGCUUUCUCUCGGAUGUCAUACCUCACUGUACAUUAUAGAACUCAUUCAGGAGAGAAACCCUAUGAAUGUAAUGAGUGUGGAAAAAAAUUCUAUCACAAGUCAGCCUUUAAUAGCCAUCAAAGAAUUCAUAGGAAAGGGAACAUAAAUGUAAUUGACGUGGAAAGGCUUCUCUGAAAUCAGACCUCAUUUUAUGCCAUAGAACCUUUUCAGUAUAGUGAAUAAAAAAAAUCCUACCCGGAGUGAAAUACUAUCACACAUUAGAGAAUUCACACAGGUGAAAUGGAAAAGCCUUUGUGCAUUAGUCAGACUUGUAAUAUGAAAACUCACAGGGUAGAAACCUGUAAGAUCACAGAACUCACUGGAUACCAGACUGUACAGGAGUAAAAACUUUAAAUAUUUAGAGUGUGUAAGUUUUCACUAUGGACUCAAAAUAUUUAAUAGAUCAGGGAAUUCAUACCACGAGAGAGCUAUCGGUGUAAGAAAUGUGGAAAACAUACUCGACAUUUGGGAAUUAUUAAUACUACGUUUGGGAAUUGUUAAUACUAAAAGAUAGGUUUCAAAUAUCAAACUUUUUGUUUUUAAAAAAAAAAAAACCAGAAGAGAUCUGCUGUGAAUAGACAUUCACCUUCUAUAAAUAGAAGCUGUAAAAUCAUCAAGAUAGUUCAUCAAAAUAGCAACAUUAAACAUCUAGGAGCAGUUCUUGAGGUAGAUAGGGCUUAUUUGUAUUUAGUUUUUUAGUAUGCUCCGUUAACGGGAAUUGUAUGCUUGAAAAGGCAGAGUAUCUUCAUUAGAGUGAUUUGUAAUACAUAUGGUAAGAUCAUCCCUUCUAAAAAGCACCACUAAGUCAGUAUCUUAAUAUACAUUGCCACUGAAAUAAUACUUGGCAGGCAUAAAGUAUACUUUUAGUUGUGUUUGGUUAUUGUUAAUGAACUGAAUCUUAUGUAAAGAAGCUAGUGGUUUUAGUGUUUUCAACUGUAUCUGAUUCAGCAAAAUACAUAGAAAUCUAUGCAUAAAAUAGAUAGAAAACUCUGUAUAAUUUUAAAUUGUUAAUACCAGAAGGUUCCAUGAGGGAAAAACAGCUGUAGUAUGCACUGCACUCUGUCCAGUUUAAAAAUGAACUUAAAAUGCUCCGUUUUUGUAUAUUGUUUAAGUGUAAUGAUUUAUUUGGAUGCCUACGUGAGUGUGCAGAGCACGAAUACUGUGUAAUUUAGGAAUUACCUGUAUUUUUAUUUGAUAUGAUACGCCUUUGAACAUUGUGCAUGCUCCUUCCUAUUAUUGAAUUAAUUCAUAACAUUAAUAUAGGUUUGUGGCAGACGUUGUUGAGUGACUGCCCUAGUCACGCCCUUCCUUUUGUUUACCGGCAAAGUUUGGGUGUCCGCUCCUUUAAGGAGUUGGGGUAAGCCCUGACUCAUUUCAGUCAGUAAUGAAAAUCCCAUCCUCAUUGGUGGUGAUUGGUUUAGUGUGAUCAUAGGACCCAGUUCUAGACAAAUAAAGGGAGUAUCUGUUAGAUUAUUUCUGGAAAAGUUUUCCUCAAAGAUUUAAGGAAUCAUGCAGGAUUAAGUAGAAUUUGUUUUCAGUGAAAAUUACGUUGUCUACAUACGAUGCCUGGUUAUGUCUCUCAACAAUGACAAAGCAGAAAGCCUGGGAGAACCUGGGACCUGGAUGAUGUUACUGAGCCACUGACCUGGUCAACUUUGUAGCCACUCCACCUCUGGACUAUUUUUUUUGUGUGUGUGAGAGACGAAACCUCUUUAAGCCAGUUGAUUUAGUGGGCUCUGUUAGUAAUAGCUAAAGACAUUCUGUCUGAAGUUAUGCAAUUCAGAAGUGGACUUUGGGGAAAUCAUUUAUUUUGCACUGCUGAUAAAAAGAUUUGUCUUAUUUUCUGUAAAUUUUGAUGUAAAUAGAUUGAGCAUUAGAAGUCAACUUGAAACAAUUGUGUAUGCAUCAAUGAACUGUGUUACUAUUGACCUAAGAAAUUAACUUUUGGAAUCUGACGUUAACUGUCAGGUAUAACUUCUUUUUUUAUAACACAUGAAGUCUUGUUUAAUUCGUAUUGUUCGUUGAUCAUUGCUACAAUGUUAGUUGACAGUACAUGUUUGAAGUAAGGAUCUAAUUUUGUUUGCUUUCAAAUGCCUAAGCUGAUUGCCUGUAUUAGUCAAAUAAUUUACCCUUUACCACUAAGAUGAAAUGCCAUAUUUUUUAUGUAUUAAAAUCCACAUAGAUCCCAUUUCUGUUCCUUAGCACUUUUUCUCCAUGUUCUUCUAGAUGAUUGUGAGUAUGCUACGUAACAGGAACUAGAUGUCUGGUAGAUUGCAGAGUUUGUGUAAGCAAUAUGUAUGCAUAAUAUAGUUGUUGGAAUAAUAUUUGCAAAGAUUUCCCUCAUUAGUAUAUCAUUGUAGCUUAACUCUACAGUAUGCAUAUUAAGUAAAGUAUUUUUAAAAUGAAAAAGGUCUACCCCAUUCUUUUUGUCCUACAGAUUGCCAGCAUAUAAAAGGGUCUAAAUUGUCUGUUCAAUAAUGUAGUCGUUGUGGAACAUUCUCAUAGUUUCAAAGAUGCAAAUAUUUUUGUAUUACCUCAUCUCUGAAAUUAGGAUCAGUAGCAUGUUGCAAUUUAAUUGGCAUUGUUUUUAUUUUUUCUUAGAGUUACUUAGACUAAUGGUUUGUCUUAGAUUUGAUGAAAGGCAGUAUUUGAAAAAUGUUUUAAUUAUUCCUGGAAGAGUGUAAGAUACACAGGCCUCCAUGAAAGACAUCACUGUGGGAUGCUGGCUCAGCCUACUUGUCCUACAGCAAGGACUGAAAAUGGAAUUGAUGGAGCUGAGCACGAGCACCUGCUUUUUAUACACAGUGACCUCGUAACUUGGAGUGUGGGCAGAUCAGGAACUGUUAGAGCUAUUUUCAAGAACUGAGCAGACCUUCCUGGCAGGUAGAAGUGAAGUCCCCCUAGUUUUUUCAGUCAUCCCAGGAUUAGUGAAAUGGUUACUUCCAUAGUUUCUGAAAUAGGUCAAAAUGAGACAUGAUAUUACCACCACAGACACAUUAUUUCUGAGGCUGAAGAUUCAUCCUGUACUCUCUAUUCCAUCUUAGUAUGCCCAGCUAUGUUGUUCAGUCAAGCUCCCUGUCUUAAUUUUUUAGUGCUGCUACAGCAGAAAUACGACAGGUGGGUGGCUUUAACAAACACAGUUCUCACAGUUUAGGAGGCUGGAAGUCUGAAUUCAGGGUGCUGGCUCAGGGGAAGGCUCUCUCUCAGCUCUAGGGGAAGGUCCUUGUUUCUUUUCUGUUCCUCAGUCCUUUGGCAGUCUUCAUGUGGCCUGGCAUCUGUCUUCCCCCAUCUCUGCUUCCUUGCUUGACCAGCUAUAUCUCAAAAGAUUUAUUUAAGAUACACCCAACACUAAUACUGCCUCAUUAAGAUAGCAAAGAAAACCCAUCCCCAAGUAGGAUUAUAGCCCAGGUAUAGGGAUUAGGAUUUACAACACAUAUUUUGGGGGAAUGCAGUUCAAUCCUUAACACUCCCUAAAGAAGGCUGUAUAUAAUAACCCACAUGAUUGUGCAUCCCCAAUAAUUGCCAGCUUCAUAGAACGUCUCAAACAAAAUGAAGCCCACAAGGAAAUAUAAUUUUUAAAUUUUUUUUUUUGCUCGUCAUAGAAAUAACUAUGUAAAAACUUACUUUUUCCUUCGUUGACUGUAAAGUCUGUGGUUCCUGUCAGGUUGACAGAUUAGCUUGGGCUGAUGACUGUAUUCCACAGCCCAUGUCUGGAGAUGCUGCAAUAGUUAACAGCAGCAUAUGGCACCAGAGAAGUAAAUGUGAAAAAUACCCGGAAGGAUUUUUUUUAUUGUGGUUGUAACUACUCGAUCUGUUGGUCGGUCACUUUCAAACAUCCUCCCUAUGCUGAAAGAAUACCCCACCUUAUGAAUAUUUGCAUCACAUUAUAGAACUCCUUUGGUAUAACAGACUGAUUAUUGUUCCCUGUCUUAAUUGUUUUAAAGAGAUUCCUCCUCAAGUUUCAACUGGAGACUUCAUUUCCCAAAUUUCCUUUUAGUUAGGAAAGCUUACUUCUGGGCAGUGAGAUGCAAGGGGAGAUAAGUGAAAUUGAAAACGGAAUCAGUGAAAACAAGAGUUAAUUGAGGGGAUCAACAAAAUCAACAAACCUUUAGCUACACUGACUUAGGAAAAAUAAGAUUUCAUAUUACUAAAAUCAAAUGAUAGUGGGGACAUUAAUGCAGACCUUAUGAAAUAAAAAAUACUGUUAUACUAUGAAAAAUUGUGCACCAGCAGAUUAGGAAAUACAGAUGAAAUGGACAAAUCCUAGAAACUGCUAAUACUAAAGAAGAAGUAGAAAAUCGGAACACUUAUAAAAAGUAAGGAGAUUGAAUCUGUAAUCAAGAACUUUUCAACAAAAAAAAAAAGCCCAGGACACGAUGGCUUCACUGGUGAAUUCUAGCAAACAUUUAUUUAAAGAAAAAUUAACAAUCCUUCCUCAAAGUCUUCUAAAAAAUAACAGGAGAAAACACUUGGGAACUCAUUCUGUGACGAUUGUCGUCCUUCCGUUUUCUCUGACUCGACAACCUUGUGUAACAGAACGAAGCCUUACCUGGUUCUGCACCGUCUUCAUGAUCACUGAUGUGUCUGAGUCCAUUGUUACGGCUCUUUUGUCAGUCCAUCCUAUUGAGGGUUUCCCUCAUUUUUGCUGACGCUAAAAGCCAGCCACCACCUGUGGGAAAGGAAGAUACUUCAGAGGGAUUUCUGUUAGCACAGAAAGAACUUGCUGAGAAAACAUUGAGGGUUUACCAGAUCACAAAGGAGUCAUCCUGAGUUGUAGAGAGAUGCGUGCACAGUGGGGGAGUUUGAAAAGUUAUAUAUGGGUGGAAUUAGUGGUACGGACAGAGACGCGUGUGGAUUCGAGCAAAGGUUUUGAAGGAUACAAUGAGCACCAUUCAGAUCUGGAGUCAGGUGAGGGGGGAAGAGACUGAGUUAUCUGGGCAAAGAUGUGGGUCUUUCCAGGAGGGACACAUUGGAGGGUGUGACGGAUUAAGUUAUGUACCCCUAAAAAUGUGUUUAGCAGUUGGGCUGGGCCAUGAUUCCCACCAUUGUGUGAUUUUCCUGUAUGUUGUAAAUUCUGCCUCUGUGAUGUUAAUGAGGGAGGAUGGGUGGCAGCUGUGUUAGUGAGGUAGGUCUCGACCUACAAGAUUGCACUGUGUCUUGAGGCAAUCUCUUGACAUAUAAAAGAAUUGAGCAGAGAGACGGGGGACCUCCUACCGCCAAGAAAGAAGCACUGGCAGCAGAGCGUGUGCUUUAGACCCAGGGUUCCUGGGCAGAGAAGCUCCUAGCCUGGGGGAAGAUCGAUGAGUAGGCCGACAGAGAGAGGAAGCCAUCCCCUGGAGCUGACACUCUAAAUUUAGACUUCUAGCCUACUUUACUGUGAGAAAAUAAACUUCUCUUUGUUAAAGCCAUCCACUUGUGGUACUUCUGUUACAGCACCACUAGAUAACUAGGACAGAGGGCUAUGUGCUACGUUGAUGUACUUUGUUGAACACUGUCCUCAAAAUGCAUGCCCAUCUGUGAAUGUGACUGUCAUGAAUUGUGUCCCCCAAAAAUGUGUCAACUUGGUUAGGCCACGGUUGCCAGUAUUAUGUGGUUGUCCUCCAUUUUGUGAUUGUAAUUUUAUGUUAGAGGAUAACAGUGCGAUUGGAACACCCUUACAAAGGUUACAUCCCUGAUCCCAUGUAAAGGGAGUUUACCUGAAGUGUGGCCCACACCACCUUUUAUCUUAACAAGAGAUGAAAGGGAAGCGAGCGGAGAAUGGGGACUUCAUACCACCAAGAAAGCAGUGUCAGGAGCAGAGCGUAUCAUUUGGACCCAGGGUUCCUGUGCCGAGAAGCUCCUAGUCCAGGGGAAGAUUGAUGACAAGAACCUUUUUCCAGAGCCAAAAGAGAAAGCCUUACCCUGGAGCUGAUGCCCUGAAUUUGGACUUCUAGUGUACUAUGAGAAAAUUAAUUUCUCUUUGUUAAGGCCAUCCACUUGUGGUAUUUUUAUUUAGAAGCCCUAGAUAAAUAAGACACAGAUGUAAUUAAGUAACUGUUGUCCUUAUAAGAAGUCAUAUGAAGCACAUACACACAAGGGAAGACCACGGAGGUACAGAAUGGAGUAAUGGUGCCACAAGCCAAGGGCCACCAGAGGCUGGGAGAACCAAGGAGGGAUUCAUCCCCAAAGCCUUCAGAUGGAUUAUGGCCCUGCUGUUUCAGACUUCCAUCCCCCUAGAACUGUGAGAAAGUAAGUUUCUGUUGCUUUGAGACACCCAAUUCAUGGGAAUUGAGCUGUUAUGGCCCUAGAAAACUAAUACACUUAAGGCCGAAGACAUGUCUGGGAAAAUGGAAAUCUGGGGUGAAACACCUGUGAGCUCGAGUCCCAGGUCCUCUACACUGUGAUCCUAAGCAGAUCAUGUCACCCUUCUGAGCCUUGGUUUCAAUGUUGGCUACAAGCAAGAUGGUACUAUGACCUCACAGGGUGGUUAUGACAAUUAAUUGUACUUAAAGAGUUUUGUCAACAGUAGCAGUGAACAUUUUUGGUGCCUGAUGACUGAAGGUUUGCCUGGCCCAUCGUAUAAGGAAUCCCCAUAACAGCACAAGGGGAUAUUAAUCUUUAAUAAAUAAUAUUUAAACAUUUUUCUUAGAUGCCUAAUGAUCAUAAUACAGAGGAGGUAAUUUUGACAUGCAUGAACUAGAAAUGUGCAGUUUAUAUGAAGAAAACUAUACAACUUUGCUGAAUAGAACUUGUAAAGAGAUAAAUCACUUACCUGAAUGUGACUACUAAAUAUUAUUUGACACAAUGCAAAUAAAAAAAAAUCUCAACUAUUUGAAGGAUGACUUUGACUUUUCACUGAUGAAUCUAAACUUCUAGAAUAAUAAAGUAGGAAAAUAGAAAGCUUUUGUAAAAGCAGGGUAAGAUGUCAAGUGCCACCGAGUCAGUUCUGACUCAGCAACCCCAGGUACAACCAACAGAACACGCCGGGUCCUGCGCCAUGCUCACAAUUGUUGCUAUGUUUGAACCCACUGUCGCGGCCACUGUGUCAGUCUAUCUCGUUGAGGGUCUUCCUCUUUUUCACUGACAAUCUACAAAGCAUGAUGGCUCUCCAGGGACUGGUCCGUCCUGCUAACACGUCCAAAGUGUGUAAGGUGAAAUCUCGCUAUCCUCACUUCUAAGGGACAAUCUGGCUUCCAAGACAGAUUUGUUCUUUUGGCAGUUCAUGGUAUAUUCUAUAUUCUUAAUUGAAACCGUAAUUCAAAGACACUGAUUCUUCUUUGGUCUUCCUUAUUCAUUGUCCAUCUUUUGCAAGCACAUGAGGCAAUUGAAAAUACCAUGGCUUGGGUCAGGCGCACCUUAGUCCUCAAAGUGACGUCUUUGCUUUUGAACACUUUAAAGAGGUCACUUGCAGAAGAUCUGCCCACUGUAAUAAGUCAUGUGAUUUCUUGACCGCUGGUUCCAUGGGCAUUGAUUGUGAAUCCAAGUGAAGUGAAGUCCUUAACAGCUUCAAUAUUUUUUUCAUUUAUCCUGAUGUUGCUUAUUGGUCCAGUUGUGAGGAUUUCUGUUUUACGUUGAGGUGUAAUCCAUACUGAAGGCUGUAGUCUUUGAUCUUCAUCAGUUAAGUGCUUCAAGUCUUCAGUUUCAUCAAGCAAGGCUGUCAUCUGCAUAUCGCAGGUUAUUCAUGAGUCUCCCUCCAAUCCUGAUGCCGUGUUCUUCUAUAUAGUCAAACUUCACAUACUAUUUGCUCAGCACACAGACGGAAUAAGUGUGGUAAGAAGUUACAACCCUGAUGACCACCUUUCCUGAUUUUAAACCACGUAGUGUCUCCUUGUUCUGUUCCAAUGAAUGCUUCUUGGUUUAUGUACAGGUUCUGCAUGAGCACCGUUAAGUAUUCUGGAAUUCCCAUUCUUCACAAUGUUAUCCAUAGUUUGUUAUGAUCGAUACAGUCGAAUGCCUUUCCAUAGUCAAUAAAACACAGGUAAACAUCUUUCUGGUAUUCUCUGCUUUCAGCUGUGAUCCAUCUGAUAUCAGUAGUGAUAUUCCUCAUUCCACAUCCUCUUCUGAAUCUGGCUUGAAUUUCUCCAGUUUCCUGUCGAUGUACUGCUGCAACCAUUUUUGAAUUAUCUUUAGCAAAAUUUUAUUUGCGUGUGCUAUUAAUGGUAGUUUGAUAAUUUCCACAUUGCUUUGGACCACCUUUCUUUGGAAUGGCCAAGUAUAUAGAUCUCUUCCAGUCACUUAGCCAGGUAGCUGUCUUCCAAAUUUUGUGGUGUAGACAACAGAGACUUCCAACAAGACUAAGACCUACAAAGUUUAUCAUGAUUAUUUUAAAUAUUGUAAAACCUACCAAAUAAUAUAAUUUUUAAAUAUCAUAAUAAAAAUUUGUAUAGGUCAGAAAAUAUAUUUACAAAGGAAACUACUUGCCGUUGAGUCAUUUUUGACUUAUGAUGGCCAUGCUUGUCAGCGUAUAACUGGGCUCCAUUGGGUUUUCAGCGGCUGAUUCUUUAGAAGCAGAUCACUGGGCCUUCUCCGGCACCUCUGGGUGUACUCAAACCUCCAACCUUUCAUUUAGCAACAUAGUGCAUUAACCAUUUCCACCACUCAGGGGUGUCAGAAAAUAUAAGGCAUGUAAAAAUGUAUUACAUGGUAAAAGCAUCUUCAAAACUGUGAGUGACAUGGGGACCUAAACAGGAUUGGAAUAACUAAUUAUAGAGCAAAACCAAAUUAAGUUUGAACCUGACCUCACGUCAUAUAAAACUUUUUUUCACUUGGAUUUAAGACUUUUUAAAGUUCGUAAUACAGAAAUUUUCAACUAUGCACUGUGGUAAAAUGAGUUCCUUUACGUAGCCUUUUGCCCUGGUUCUUCAGAAAAACAGCUUGAGAGAUUUUCCCCCUAAGCCUUGAGGUGUUACCUUUGCCGUAGUUUUCUACCCCAGAGGGUUUGUUACUUUUGUCCAGAUUGAUAUUUCCUGGCUAAGUUGUAAACAACUUGAUGGUCUGAACCUUUUUGUAUGGCCCUAGGCUGCUGCCUGUCCUGUGACUGGUACACACCUUGUAGGGAUUGGUCCACAUUUUCUGUAAGUGAAGUGACUAUUGUUGUUGUUAGGUGCCACUGAGUCAGUUUCAACUCAUAGCAACCCUAUGGGCAACAGAAUGAAACACUGUCUGGUCCUCCACCAUCCUCACAAUUGUUUCUAUGCUUGAGCACAUCAUUGCAGCCACCGUGUCAAUCCAUCUUGUGGAGGGUCUUCCUCUUUCACUGACCCUCUACUUUCCCAAGCAUGAUGUCCUUCUCCAGGGACUGGUCCCUCCUAAUAACAUGUCCAGAGUACAUGCAACAAAGUCUCACCAUCCUUGCAUAUGAGGAGAAUUCUGGCUGUACUUUUCCAAGACAGAUUUGUUUAUUCUGGCAGUCCAUAAUAUAUUCAAUAUUCUUCGCCAACACCGUAAUUCACAUGCAUCAAUUCUUCAGUCUUCCUUAUUCACUGUCCAGCUUUCACAUGCAUAUGAGGUGACUGAAAAUACCACGGCUUCUGUCGAAUGCACCUUAGUUCUCAAAGUGAUAUCUUUGCUUUUAACACUUUAAAGGGGUCUUUUGCAGCAGAUUUUCCCAAUGCAAUACGUUGUUUGAUUUGACUGCUGCUUCCAUGGGCAUUGAUUGUAGAUCCAAGUAAAAUGAAAUCCUUGAUUAUACGUUAUGCAAAUGAAUUGUUAUAGACUAUGAAAAUGAAGUGAGUAUGGUUCACUGAGGAGACUGGUCAGUUUGUGGCCUUGCUAGAAGGACCAUGCCUUGCAAUUGACAAGGAGUUUGCUUCUAUAAGCAACCAACUGCGCAGAGGUUUCAGAAAGGAGAAAAGGCAGUUAACUCGUGCUAUUUGAUUAUUCUGAAAUAGAGGGUAAGCAGAAUAAAUUCAUUCUCUCCACUUAAAUGCCAAUUUUCAAAUAAGGACUUGGUACCUUAGUUACCUCCAAUAGUAACUAAUAAUUUUCUCCUCUCUUUUUUGAGAAUCAUUACGCACCCAUAGGUGUUUAUAUAUUCAGUGUUUAACUCAGCUGUUAUUCUUCUGAUGCUCAAAUUAAUUCAUCUUUUGCCAAGAGAGUCUUCAGUUGUCCCUGAAUUCUUUUCAUACAACCCAAGUGAUACCUGAUAGCUAUCUUGCUUUCUGGCACAAAAUAAUGUUCCAGGCUCAUAAAUUUCCUGCCCCACACUUGGAAUUAGCCAUUUUCCCAAGGACCCUUUGGUUCCCUGGUGAGGAGUGAUAGCAUAACCUAAACAAAGUAUUUAAAAAAUAUAUUUUUAUAAUUAUUCUUUAUAACUCUUGGGUGGGAUAUACAUGACACCAGAUGCAGAAACAAU